AGGGAAUGUCUGUGAAAUGUAUUAAAAAAUGGAUUCUCCCGUCGAGGAAGGUAACAUCAUUAAUGAAAUUGUAUGCGGCUCACUCUCAGUUUUGUGAAUUUCUAUACAACACCAACUAUCGUAUUGCAAACAUCAAUUAAAACCAAGUCCUUCAAUAAUUGUACACGUACGGAGCCUAGAACCUGCCAAAAUGUCACCGCAGUCCGAACUAUCAUCCCCCACCAAUACGACAAGCCCAAGGCGAUUGUCUAUUGCGUCGGAAAAAACUUUAGUAGAUAUGCUAAGUAGAAAGGAGGAUGCCUCAGAAGAGAAAUACCAAGGCAGUAAUGAUUAUCGCAAGUCAUCCUCCGACGUUAAAACUCUGGCUAGGAGCAGUUCGCUCCUCAGUAAGAUGGGCAAAGCCAUAGAGAAGGUUGGGUCGAAGUUACAGGAGAAAGACAUAAAUUCUAGGCCCAGGGGUAGUCGACCUGCACCUGAUGGGUAUCCGGACACCCAAUUCAUGUGGCAAGCAUUGGCUGAGACGAGACUUUAAGCACAAGGAUUGAAAUGCUUAUUUCACCUGGAGAGUUUGAUUGGAUCCUCUUGGUAAUGUAUUCUGACGGCCAAUUAAUUCGUAUAUGAAUUCCGGCAUGGGCCCAGAUACCGUCGAGAUGCUUAAUCUUAUUACAUUGCUGGCAAUAUACAUCAAGAGGAUGGAUUAAUAAUCGGCGCUUUAGGCAAUAGCAAGUGGGAGCCAUCGGAAACAAGUAAAUUGGAUAUGGAGAAAUAAUACCCAUUUUCAAAUAAAAAAAGUGCUAUGGGUAAAGAUUGACUAAGAAUUUUCAAGUGAAGCUAAGAUAGGGUCCGAUUUCUUCAUCGGUUUGGUUUAGCGGGCACAAUUAUUAUAAGGGGUAAUUCGUAGUUUAUUUGAUAGAUGAUGGAUUCCUUAAUAUAUUUUCAAAAUGCAGA